AUGGUUUUCCAUCCCCAUACGAACGGUGGGGAAGCAGCGCAAGCUCUGCCCAUCGUCCUGCAGCACCUUACCCCUCUCUUCAUCUCCAUUAUCGGCAUUGGAUGUAUGGCUGCUGCCGUCAUGUCAUCAGCUGACUCUGCUCUGCUCUCUGCUGCUUCCAUCUUCAGCUCCAACAUCUACAAGAACAUCCUCAGGCCUCAGGUGAGAAAAUACUCAAAAUGGAAAUUUGCAGCACCAAAUUAACCCAAAGUGUUUAUCAAACAAGAACAGCGUCUUCUUCUUUUUUCCCACUUUCUUUCUCAGGCGUCAGACAGAGAGAUUCAGUGGGUGAUCCGUGCUGCAGUGGUAGUGGUAGGCAUAGUUGGGACGUCACUCACCACCUUGAAAAACAGCAUCAUACUCUUCUGGUUUCUUGGUGCUGAAGUGGCCUACAUAAUAGUGGUCCCUCAACUCUUCUGCAUCAUCUUUUUCAAGAUCUCCAAUGGUUACGGGGCUGUUAUGGGUUUUCUGAUAGGCUUGGUGUUAAGGUUGCUCACUGGGGACCCAUCACUACAGUUAACACCAGUCAUACACUUCCCAGGAUGCACUCUUGAGGAUGGUGUCUAUGUCCAGUACUCUCCAGUCAAAACCAUCUCAAUGCUGUCUGCAGUUGUUUCCAUCUUGACUUUCUCCUACCUGGCUGCUGUACUCUUCAACAAAGGCUGGCUCCCUGAAAAGUGGGAUGUUUUUCAGGUGAAAGAUGGAACUGCAAAACAAAAUGAAGAGAAAAACGGUCAAAAAGACAUCCCUCAGUUGGAGGCAUUAGAGCCAAUGAUGAACACAAGUUGUUGA